AAUGAAACCUGGGCUUAGAAAAUAUGCCUGUGAUCUCACACUGGACCCAAACACAGCACACAGACUCCUCUCUCUGUCUGAGGAGAACAGAAAGGUGACACGUAGGACAGAGGAGCAGCCGUAUCCUGAUCACCCAGAGAGAUUUGAGUACUGCAGACAGGUGCUGUGUAGAGAGGGUCUGACUGGGCGCUGUUACUGGGAGGUAGAGAGGAGUGGGAGAGGGGCUGUUAUAGGAGUGACAUAUAAAGGAAUCAGCAGGAGAGGAGAGGGUGAGGACAGUCUGAUUGGAUCCAAUGACAAGUCCUGGAGUCUUGACUUCUCUGACAACAGUUACACUGCCUGGCACAAUAAUAAUUACACUCUCAUAGAUGUCCCCUCCAGCUCCCACAGAGUAGGAGUGUAUCUGGACUGGCCAGCCGGCACUCUGUCCUUUUACAGAGUCUCCUCUGACACACUGGCCCACCUGAUCACAUUCUACACCACAUUCACUGAGCCCCUCUAUCCAGGGUUCAGG